GCGAGCGACCAGAUAGAGAAAGGAGGAAGAGGAGGAGGGAGGGCAGGAACGCGGGGAACCUCUACAGAUGCUCACUGUCAUCUAGUACUGCAGCCUGCACUCCGAGGGAAGCAGAGCAGAGAGAAAAAAAGAUACCACGGGAAACAAUACGAAUGAAAUUUGAAGUAGAUCCAGUUAAGAAAUAUUGCGACAAAAAAGGGGAAGAUUGCAUUGUGUUAUUUUCUCCUACAGGGCGAUAAAGAAUAUGAAAUAUGAAGCCUUUGCCAUCUCAGAUCGUUUUAUAUCUGUAUGGAGUAGUCUAUCUCCUUCAUUGUGGCAGCGCCACUAGCAAACCCGGUUCGCCUGAAGGUGACAACGCCUGGAGGAGAAAGGAGGCGGCGGCAGAGCGCAUCUUGGAGCAGCCUGAGCGAACCACGCCGCUCCGGCUCCUCCAGCGGCCGGUCAGCGGGCAGCAGCUCGGCCUGGAUACCCGAGUGACCGGGGCACAGCAGCAGGCAGCCUCGCAGCCGUCCACUCAUAUUGCCCAGGCUACCUUCCAGGUUGAUGCAUUUAACUCAUCCUUCAUUCUUGACGUUGAACUAAACCAUGAUUUGCUGUCCUCCCAGUAUGUGGAGCACACUGUUGAUGCAAGGGGAAAUUCUGUUCAGUCUAGGGUUGGCGAACACUGUUAUUACCAUGGCAAAAUCCAAGGAAAUCCAAAAUCCUCUGUGGCCAUUUCAACAUGUUAUGGACUACAUGGUAUGUUCUAUGAUGGAAACUACACUUAUUUGGUUGAACCAGCACAAAGAAAUGAUCAAAAUACUUUGGAUGACACUGAGCAGCAUUUAGUUUACCAGAUCAUUGGCCAUGACACUACUUUGCAGUUUCUACAAUUUGGUUUUUCAGAAGAUACUGAGAGGAAUGAUCACUUUGAUGCUCGGCGUACUAUCCUUUUUAGGAAGAAAAGACAGAUACGUCGAAUUCGCCGGAAUGUUCAAGACGAGACAAAGUACAUUGAGCUGAUGGUUGUUAAUGACCAUUUUAUGUUUAAAAAACAUCGUUUGUCGGUGGGCCUUACAAACAAUUUCGCAAAAUCAAUUGUGAACAUGGUGGAUAUGAUAUUCAAGGAAGAGCUCAACACCAGAAUUGUACUAGUGGCUAUGGAAACGUGGUCAGUUGACAACAAGUUCACCAUAGAUAUGAACCCUCAAGUAACUCUACGAGAGUUUAUGAAGUACAAGAGAGAUUUCAUUACAGUGAAGAGUGAUGCAAUUCAUCUAUUUUCGGGAACUAUGUUUAAAAGCAGCCAGAGUGGAGCAGCAUACGUUGGUGGAAUUUGCACACAGUCUAAAAGUGGCGGGGUGAAUGAGUUUGGAGGUGCUGGUGCAAUGACUGUCACACUUGCUCAAAGCCUGGCACAGAAUCUUGGCAUCUUUCCAGAUAACAAAAGAAAGAAUGGUGAUUGCAAAUGUGAAGACCAAUGGGUCGGGUGCAUAAUGCAAGAUUCCGGGCUUUACCUUCCACGGAAAUUUUCUCAGUGCAAUAUAGAAGAUUACCAGGAAUUUUUGAACAAUGGUGGUGGUCACUGUCUCUUCAAUAAGCCUACCCGACUUCUUGAUCCUCCGGAGUGUGGCAAUGGAUUUGUAGAGGCAGGAGAAGAAUGUGACUGUGGUUCAAAAGCUGAAUGUAGCAAGGAGGGAGAAAACUGCUGUAUAAAGUGCACUCUUGUGAAAGGAGCCAAAUGCAGCAAUGGACUUUGUUGUAAAGAUUGUCAGUUUCAACGAAAUAGCUUUGUGUGUCGCGAGGAAGUAAAUGAUUGUGACAUUCAUGAGACCUGCACUGGAAAUUCUAGUGAGUGUCCACCAAAUGUGCAUAAAAUGGAUGGCUACGUCUGCGGCAGUGAUCAGGGGCUUUGCUAUGGUGGGCGAUGUAAAACCAGAGAACGACAAUGCAAAUAUGUGUGGGGAGAGAAAGCAAGAGCUGCAGACAAAUUAUGUUAUGAAAAGCUUAACAUUGAAGGGACAGAGAAAGGAAAUUGUGGCAAAAACAAAGACACCUGGAUCCAAUGCAAUAAACAAGACGUACUUUGUGGCUAUCUGCUGUGCGAUGAUACCUCUGGUGUGCCAAGAAUCGGAGAACUCUCAGGUGAUGUGACUGUCUCUACCUUCUUACAGAAGCACAAGCAUAUCAACUGCAGUGGUGGCCAUGUCAUAUUAGAUGAAGUCACAGAUCUUGGAUAUGUGCAAGAUGGAACCCCGUGUGGACAGGACAGAAUGUGUAUCAAUCACAAGUGUCUUCCUCUGAAAUCAUUUAAUUUCAGUAUCUGCCCUGGAGCUAGUGGUGCAAGAAAAUGUUCAGGACAUGGGACUUGCAGCAAUGAAGGAAAAUGUAUGUGUGACCUAGACUGGGAUGGUGCUGACUGCCAUAUAUAUGCACCAAAGGAAGUAGCAGAAGGGCAAGGAUCAAUUCGAACCAAUAUCAUUAUUGGUGCCAUUGCAGGAACCAUUUUGAUGGCAAUUCUCGUGUUGGCUGUUGCAGCAUUGUUUUACAAAAACUACCGAGAAAGAAGGCAAAUGCCACAAGGAGACUAUGUCAAAAAGCCUGGGGAAGCUGACUCUUUCUAUAGUGACAUACCUCCUGGAGUCAGCUCAAACUAUUCAGCAUCUAGUUCUAAGAAAAGAUCAAAUGGACUGUCUCAUUCAUGGAGUGAACGGAUUCCAGAUGAAAAACAUAUUCCAGAUGUCUGUGAAAAUGGUCGACCACGCAGUAACUCCUGGCAGGGGAAUUUAGGAGCCAAUCGAAAGAAAAAUAAAGGAAGAAAGUUUAGACCACGUUCUAAUUCCACAGAGUAUUUAAACCCAUGGUACAAAAGAGAAUAUAAUGUAGCUAAGUGGGUAGAAGAUGUGAAUAAAAACACUGAAGGACCGUACUUUAGGACUUUGUCUCCUUCUAAGUCACAUUCAUCAUCCAAUGGGUCCAUUGCUUCUAGUAGGAAAUGCCCAUACCCAAUGCCACCUCUUCCAGAUGAAGAGGCAAAAGUUGGUCGACAAAGUGCACGGCUCUGGGAGACCUCCAUUUAGACUUCUAUUCAGUGGAUCUGAGCUACUAAAGAUUUCCAUUUUCUUCCACUUUUAUAAAAGGCA